AUGGCUGUAUCGGAUGCAGAUGGAUUAUUUUUAUCAGUUGACAUAGGUGAAUAUGGAAGGAAUAGUGAUGGAAGAGCAUUAAAAGAAAGUGAAUUUGGAAAAGCUUUAUUUAAUGAUCAGCUAAGUCUGCCUGAGCCUACAUAUUUGCCAGGAGAAGAAGACAUUUUUCCUUAUUAUUUUGUGGCUGACGAAGCUUUUCUAUUAACUGACCACAUAAUGAGACCAAAUCCGCGCAGACAACUGACAAAUGAAAGAAGAAUUUACAAUUAUAGAAUUUCAAGAGGUCGAAAAUCAGUUGAGUGCGCUUUUGGUAUGAUGGUAUCAAAAUUUAGACUUUUGGAGACACCAAUACAUUGUUGUGUAAACAAUAUAGAUUGUAUCGUACAAGCUGUUUGUGUAUUACAUAAUUUUAUACGAAUUCAUGAUGGAUCAUUUACACAAUCAGUUAAACCGCAAAUUCAAUCGUGUUACCAAGAGCAAUUAAAUCAAAACCAAAGUAAAUUGAAUAAUCAGAGACCUACAAAUAAUGCAGUUAAUUUAAGAAAUCGUUUGUGUAACUUUUUUUCAAUUCAUCCUUUACCAUGGCAAGAAAAAUACACUGUCUAA